GACAGCACCCUGAAAUGUAAAUUCCUCUCUCUUCUCUCUCUCUCUCGCUAACGAUGGACACUAUUACCAUGGGUCGCCAAGCGGCGGAGACCAGAUCCGGCGGCAAAAUCCUACGUGGCAGGCGAGUUGCUCGCACUGCAUCUCCUUAUCUCCGUCCAAAUUCGGCACUCCGACACCCUGAAAGCCCUAAUUGGCUCUCGAGACUCUUCUCUCCGGCUGCCGGCGCCGCUCGUUUCGUUGCUAAAGGUGUAGGUGAUCUUUUCUCACCCGUACUAUUCGGCAAUGAAACAUCUCCUUCUUCGUCUUGGAGUAGCAGCAAUUCAAGUUCAGGCAAUGAUGAUGAUGGAAAUGAUAUUUCUUCUGAUGGGGCUGAGGAAUUGAAUCUGAACGGGGGUCCAUCCGAAGCAGAUAAAAUUUUCAAGGAGCCACAAUUGGUACAAUGGGACACUGAAGGCAAACGUGCAAUCGAACACUUAAUUUUGAAAGAGACAUUUUCGAGGGAUGAAUGCGAUAGGCUAACAAAGAUUAUUCAAUCACGAGUUGUAGACUGUCCUGGUAUUAAAGAGGUAGAGGAUACAAGGCAGAAGAAGUUGCCUGACAGAACAGUUGGGAGUAGCAUUGUAUUUCUAGAAGCUCUCCAACUACAGUUGCAGACAAGAAAUUCACCUAUUCCCAAUGCUUCUGAACUUGAAAGAAACAUGCCCAAUUUAUGCAACACAGCUGUUAUGGAGGCAAGGAAAUGGUUGGAGGAGAAGAAAUUGCAAUCAAGUUCAAAGCCAGGGUUGGAUCAAGGACCAUACACUCCAAACUCUACCAUGCAGCUAAGUGUUGCCGAAGGUGAUGUUGGUUCACCUGUGGAUGUGGCAAAAUCAUAUAUGCGUGCUAGGCCCCCAUGGGCAUCUCCAUCUUUGAGCCAUGGUGGAUCGCAAACUCCCUCACCAAUUGAGGCACGUCUGUUUAGUGAUGAAACCCCUUUUGGACUUGGUGAUCAAAUUUUGUCCUCCUCUAAGAUGCUUAAAAGAAACACUCUUGCUACUGGAUCAUGGGAUAUCCUAGAAGAAAUAAGAAGAGUGCGUCUGAAGGCAACAAAAGAUAUUUCAGAAACUUUUGCCAAGCAAAUUGACUCAUCUGCUACAGUAUCAGAGAAUAUAGGUGUGAAGAUCUCAUCUGCAUCUGAUAAAGGAUCAACACAAGUGGGUGGUACAGUCAAUGAUUCAAAUUCUCUACCAGCUAUACAGUCUGUAGCUGGAACUGCCCACUUGCCUGCAGCUCCUGCAGGGUUUUGUACUGAUGAUGGCUCUCCAGAAAAUCUGAAGCAUGGAAAAUCAUCCCCCACAACUUUAGUUGCAGACACUGUAAAUGACAGGCCAAUAAAUGAAGCUAUGUCCUCUUGUCCAACAGUUCUUGUUUCCAAGAGGACUCAGGAUCUAGAAGAUUCUCGGCCUCAUGAGGGAGAGGGCACUUGUUCUGUUUUUGAUGAUUCCCUGGUUCUGGAUUCUAUUUCAGUACAAAACAAUGGUCCACAGGAUGUCUCAGUUCAUACCACAAAUUAUGGGCCAGAACUCAAGUCAGCCGAAGAUACAAAGCCUGCAUUUCAGGGUGAAGCUACUGAUGUCAAUGGCUUUGAUGAUGCAAAUAGGACUGACCCGCCGUCAGUUUGUCCUGUGUGUGAAGUUGUAGAAACUAAGGAUUCUUGCCAACCACUUCAGUGCUCUGGUCUGAGGGAAACACAUUCAAUCAAUGAUUCAAGAACUGCGGAUGAGAAUAAUGUGACACAGAAAGAAGCAAAUGUUUUUGGAGAAAGAGUUGCUACUAAUGGUCCUUCUCUUGCAUCAAGUUUGUCUGUAGGAGUAGAUUCAGAUCCUGGCCUAAGACUAGCUGAGGAGGAAGAACCAAAUUCAAUCAGUUCAGGCCAUGGGAAAUUGAAUUCAGGCACCCGUUUGGAGGAUAACUGUGAACUUUCAAGUGAGGCUUUCAUUGAGAUUCCAUGCAUCGAAGAAACUGAUAGCAGCAUUGUCAGUGGGUCUCUAAACAGAUCUGGCAAACAGUACGGAGAUUCAUUAGAAAACCCACUGCUGUUAAAUUCAGAUGAGAAGGGGGAGGUAAAGAAAAUGGGGAAAUACAGGAGGAGAAGUAGACGAAGGGGAAAAGCAUAAUGCUUCUGUUCGUUGUAUCAUUUAAUGUACACUAAACUGGAAGAGAUAGAGAUGCAUCAUUUAGGUUUUUCUUUAAACUUGUGGAGAAAUGCUCACUGUUGAAGCCAAAAGGAAAACCGUCAAUAGAGUCUAGUGUAGACAGAGUGUAGUCCUUUGCAAGUCCCCAAUCACCACGCUAUGUUGGUC